UUUGUGUGUGAAGUUGUGAAGGAAAAUUGUGAGGAAAUUUUCCCAAAAAAAAAAAAGAUUUCUUCCAGACUGUGAAAGAAAUAUUUUAUGAAGAAAGAAUAUUUGUGGUGAAAAAUUUAUGUGAAAAGUUCAGCAAAGGAAAAACUCAUAAAAGAAUGAGAAAAAUUGUACUAAAUGUCUAUUAUAGUGCCAAAAGUGUUCACGUCGUUCACGCACGAUAAAUGUGUGAGGAAAAUUUUAAGGAAAAAAUGUACAUAGUGAACAUUACAGUAACCUUGCUAAAUUAUUUGUUUAAUUUAUUCAAUUUCAUUUGAGUGAUUUUCUUGGGAAGAAAAGAAUUGAUUUUUCCCUUUACAAAUAAGCCAAUUUCAGAGCUAGUUUUUAAAACCAAAGAUAAGUGUCUGUGUGAGAGUGAAGUGAAGGAUUUUCCUUCCUAAUUGUGUGUUGUGAAAGAAAAUCUGGAUUUGUAAAAAUGUCUGGACUAUUUCGAUACAAUUCCAAUGCAACAACGUCGCAACGUCGAACGCCUAUGCGGAGUUUUCGCACGACUCCAGGGCAGCUUCAGGAUGUCACCAUGGAUAAUUCCUAUUCCUAUGGAUUCCGAUCACCGGCCUUUGGGCAGGGAUCUCCGAGUCAAACGCGAUCUGUACGGGACUAUGAGGAGCAAAUUACAGCACAGCAGCGAGAGAAUUUCAAUUUGAAGCUGCGAAUUUAUUUUCUGGAGGAGAAACUAAAUGGGAGUGCUUUGGGUCAGGGUACUGAAUCACUCUUCAAGCAGAACGUUGAUUUGAAGGUGGAGAUUGAGGCUCAAAAGCGGGAACUCCAGGAGAAGCAUGAACUACUAACACAAGCAGCCAGUGCCAUGAAAUACAUGGAGGAUAGUCAGAAGGUGUUGGAGGAGGAGGCAAAAGCGACGGAGACUGAGCUAAAGAGUCGCAUUGAUUUGCUUGAAUUGGAAAUAAGUGAAAUGCAAAAAAUCUAUGGGCCAAUGUCCCCGAAAACGAAUCUCAUUUCCCUCGUUGAGGGUGAUACGAGUUGUGGGCAGUUGAGGGUGUCAGAUGGGGGUUUCCUUGGUGAACAGGGAGUGACUGAGCUGCAUGAACUCCAUGGGCGAAUUGAUCAAUUAACCAGCAUGAAUGGCGAAGUGACGGAAGCAUUGAAGCAUUUGGAGGCGAUGCACCAAGAGAAGGGGCUCAAAAUUCGCGAGUAUGAAGCAAAAAAUAAUGAACUUGUUGCGGAAAAUUUGGAGUUGAAAGAGAAAAUUUGCAACCUCGACAAGGGCACGAAAAUUACAGAGGAGCUCAAAGUGCAGCUGUUUGAGGUGCGCAAACAAUUGGCGGAGAAAUUAUGUGAUCAACAGACUUUAGAGGCGAGCCUCCAAGAGAAGACGAAAGCAUAUGAAAAAGUCUGUGCGGUUGUCCAGAAAUUGCUCAAUGCCCGCAAUGAAUCCACCCGUGAGCAGAGGAAGAGCGAUGUGAGUUCCCAAGUUUCCGAUGACAUUGAAUCCAUUGAGGCACUUCGAGCACAAAUUGCCAACAAAGACGUUGAAAUUUCAAAUCUCCGUGCUGAAAUCCUCCGUACAGUUGAGCAGAAGAAUGCGGAGAUUUAUGAAUUGAAGACUGAGGUGAAGCGAAAGACUACGAAUCUCCAGAAUUUAAUAAAUCGCGAUUUGUGGGAUAAAAAUCGUGAAAUUGAACGACUUACGCGACAAAUGCACGGCAUGGAGUUGGAGAGUCCGGUUGUGAGUGAGGUGGAUCAGCUACACAGUCAAUUUACGGAAGCACAGUACAAUGAGGCUGUUGAGAAGAAUGUUUUGCUACAGAGGAAAUUGGAUGAAUUGAGGCAGAAAGUUUGCCACAAUCCAAAUGAUAAAAUACUCUCAGAUCUCCAGCAAGAGCUCCAUGCGGCGCAAAUUGAGGCGGAGAAUGAGAAAAAGUUGCGCAAGGAGUGUGCUGACGUUUGCUCAAUACUCACGCUGCGUCUGGAGGAGUUAGCUGGCUUCCUGGAUUCACUGCUGAAGCACAAGGAUGUCCUUGGGGCUUUGUGUGCCGAUCGCCGUCAUGCUAUGCGCAAAGCAAUCGAUCGGAGUCUUGAUCUCUCACGUAGUAUUAACAGUAGUUCCCUCAAUCUCGGCCUGACAUUCAGUGAGAAUAGUCUCAUGGAGAUGACGGGUGUUUCGGGGAUUUUCAAUGAGAGCUUCCCUGAGAGUGUGCUAAAUCACAGUUGCAACAAUAAGGAGAAUGUCCCCGUGAUGCGUGAGGAGAGCUAUGAUAGUGCGAAGGUCAUUGAAGCCCUUAAGGCCGAAGUGAUGACCCUCCGGACGGAAUUGGAGAAAUCCUAUAAGCGCAAGGAGGUGGAGAAGAAACGCCCACAGCGUCCAGAUGGGCAUUCAGAAUCGGAAUCAUGGUCAGAACCAGAUAGGAAUGUUUCAGCUGCACGAAUUGGGCUGGAGGAGCGUGCCCCAAAGGCAGGUGUUAAGCCCUACAAUAGUUCAACUGAUGAUGAAGAUGCUGAAGCUGGGACACCAAUGAAGAAGACUCUUGCUGCGGAGAAAAUUGCUCAACUUGAGCUACUCAUAACGGAGAAGGAGAAUAAAUUGCUGGAAAUGGAGAUGAGUUGUGUUGAGAGAGAGAAUGUGCAGAAGGAGGAGAAGCUUCGGGUGAAUGAGCAGCUGAGGGGUGUUCAGGAGGAACUUUCUGCGCAAAAGGAUGCCAAUGAGCAGCUCUCAAGGGAGAUUUCACACCUCCGGAAUGCCAUGGUGGAUCAAGAGAACAUCCUGAGUGGCAUUGAGGAGCUAAAGAGUGAACUGCAGGAGAAAACGGAAGCUCUUGAGAUGCUGACAAAGGAGAGAGAUCGUAUAGCUGUGGAUUUGCGUGUGUUGGAGAUUGAAAUGGAGACAAUGCGUAAGGAUGCGGAGUACAUAAAGGAGCGUCAUGGGAAGGAGUUGACGUACCACGUGGAGAAGAUGCGGAAGGAGAUGGAAGUGGAAUUUGAGGCUCAACUGCAACGGAAGGAUUUGGAGCAACAGGAGAUUGUGAAGCGGGACUUUGUCACGCGGGCUGUGUUGCAGGAGAAGCAGGAUGAGGUGGAUGUGCUGCGGCGUCGGCUGGAGGAUGCCCAGGGAACUAUUGAUGCCAUGCAAGAGGCGGAGAUUGAGCUACGUGCCCUCCUGGCGGAAUAUGAGCGACGUGCACGUGAUGUGCAGAAGAGUCUCGAUGAUGCAACACUACAGGCAAGUCGUGCCGUCCUGGAGCGUAGUCGUGCUGUGAAUGUGCGUGGGCACCUCGAGGCAUCCAUGAAGGAUCUCCAGGGGCGCUGUGAGCGGCUGACAGCGGAGAAAUUGGAGCUGAAUGGACGCAUUGGGCAGCUUGAGCACGUCACGGCGACGCUGCAGAAUCAACUUGUGAAAGCAACAGUGAAGAGUGGUAGCUCAUCGCCGGAUUUGGGGAUUGAUAGUGACAUUGCCCGGGCAUCCAGUAGUGAUGCAGCAGCCACAAAGGCACCACCCAUAAAAUCCCCACGACUCAGUACUGCAUCAACGGUGGAGAUGAAGGAGUCUCCGGAGCAGCAAAUGGGACAAACAAUGAUGAUGCAGCAGGAAAUUCUCGAGGAGAAUAAAGAGCUGAAGAAGCGCCUUGUGCGGAUGAAGCGUCAACUUGAGGAGACGGUGCAGCGUCUCAAGCAGUCGAAUAAGCAAAAGGAGCAAAUUGAACGAGACAUCCAGAUGCAAAUUCUCAAAACUCACAGCGUCCUUAAGCAAGUUCGCACAAAUAUGGAGUCUGAGGCUGAAAAGAGGAACAUCCCACUCCCACCACGUCCGUCCGAUGGCAACAAAUCGCCCUCUUAACUUCGCGUUUGAUGCGUUUGGAAUCCUCCCGGAAAGCAGCAGCCAUGAGAUUUCCGGAAGAGAAUAUUUUUGCAUUUUAAUUGUUCAAUAAUUUUUUUAAGUCUUUCGUCAUAUGCGUCCUGACAUUAAAUUCUUUGCACGUUCUUUUUUUAAAAUUCCUUUAUCCAUUUUUUCGUUGUUUUAUUUAUUCCUUUUUAGGGUUUUUUUGUCUUUUUUUUUAACUUACCUUCGUGUCCUUUCUAAAGGCGGAAGAUAGGGCGAUCACUAUUCCUUUUUUUUGUAAUUAAAAAUAAAUUUCAUUAACUAUGCGGCGAACGAUCAACGAGUUAACAAAGCACCUGAUGUAAAUAAUAGAAGAAGAAAA